AUGAGAGCGGAGACCAUGCCAUUGCAGAUGCGGUUAAGUCUGCGUUGCAAGAUGAAUGCUCCGACGGCUCAUGGCUCAAGAGAUCCUUCCGCAUGCCUUGCUUUGCAUCCUGAACAAGUGUUGGUGGCAACAGGUCAAGUUGGAAAAGAACCAUAUAUCUGUGUUUGGGAUUCAUACACUGUGCAGACUAUAUCGAUACUGAAAGAUGUUCACACACAUGGUAUAGCUUGCUUGGCAUUUGACUUAGAUGGGCAGCGUUUGGUCUCAGUGGGUCUGGAUUCAAAAAAUACAAUAUGCGUGUGGGACUGGAGAAGAGGAAGAAUGAUAUCUAUGGCUCCUGGUCAUACAGACAGGAUAUUUGAUAUUUCUUGGGAUUUGUACCAACCAAACAAACUAGUCAGCUGUGGUGUAAAACAUAUUAAGUUCUGGAGCUUGUGUGGCAAUUCAUUGACACCAAAGCGUGGUGUUUUUGGCAAGACUGGUGAUCUCCAAACUAUACUUUGCCUAGCCUGUGCAAGAGAUGAAGUGACACAUUCUGGUGCACUUAAUGGAGAUAUAUAUGUAUGGAAAGGAAUUAAUCUCAUACGGACAAUACAAGGAGCACAUGCUGCAGGAAUUUUCAGCAUGAAUGCAUGUGAGGAGGGUUUUGCCACUGGUGGCAGGGAUGGCUGUGUUCGUCUGUGGGAUUUAAAUUUUAAACCAAUUACUGUGAUUGAUCUCAGGGAAACAGACCAGGGAUAUAAAGGUCUGUCUGUGAGAAGUGUUUGCUGGCGAGGAGACCAUAUUCUAGUUGGGACACAAGACAGUGAAAUUUUUGAGAUUGUUGUGCAUGAACGCAAUAAGCCUUUCCUGAUCAUGCAGGGGCACUGUGAAGGAGAGCUUUGGGCUCUGGCAGUCCAUCCUACAAAACCGUUGGCCAUGACUGGAAGUGAUGACCGAUCAGUCAGAAUUUGGAGCCUAAUAGACCAUGCAUUGAUUGCACGGUGCAAUAUGGAAGAACCAAUUCGCUGUGCAGCCGUUAGUACUGAUGGAAUCCAUCUUGCACUUGGAAUGAAGGAUGGCUCUUUCACUGUACUUCGAGUCAGGGAUAUGACAGAGGUUGUUCAUAUUAAAGACAGGAAAGAAGCCAUUCAUGAAUUAAAAUAUUCACCAGAUGGCACGUUCCUUGCGGUUGGCUCCAAUGACAGCUCUGUUGAUAUUUAUGGUGUUGUUCAGCGGUACAAAAAAGUUGGGGAAUGUGUUGGAUCUGUAAGUUUCAUCACUCAUAUGGACUGGUCUUCAGACAGUAAAUACUUACAGACCAAUGAUGGCAGUGGAAAAAGACUUUUUUACAAGAUGCCAAGUGGAAAAGAAGUAACAAAUAAAGAAGAAUUAAAAGGCAUCCAAUGGGCUUCAUGGACAUGUGUUUAUGGCCUUGAAGUUAAUGGAAUCUGGCCCAAAUAUUCAGAUAUCAAUGAUAUCAAUUCUGUAGAUGGAAAUUUUAAUGGUCAAGUUUUGGUUACAGCUGAUGACUAUGGAAUAGUAAAACUAUUCCGGUAUCCUUGUUUAAGAAAAGGAGCAAAGUUUAAAAAAUAUCUUGGGCAUUCAGCUCAUGUGACAAAUGUCAGAUGGUCACAUGAUCAUCAGUGGGUUGUUUCUAUUGGUGGAGCUGAUCAUUCUGUCUUCCAGUGGAAAUUCAUUCCUGAACGGAAGCUGAAGGAUGCUAUUCACAUAGCACCCCAAGAAAGUCUGAUUGAUUCUAACAGUGAUGAAUCAGAUUCAGAUCAAUCUGAUGUUCCAGAGCUAGACUCUGAAAUUGAACAAGAGACUCAGAUCACAUACCGUCGACAGGUUUACAAAGAAGAUCUACCUCAGCUUAAAGAGCAAUGCAAAGAAAAACAAAAAAGUGCAGCUUCUAAAAGAAGAGAGAGAGCUCCGGGGAACAGUAUAAGAUUACACUUUGUCCAUGGUUACAGAGGUUGUGAUUGUCGGAGUAAUCUAUUUUACACUCAGACUGGUGAAAUUGUAUACCAUGUUGCAGCAGUGGGCGUAGUAUACAAUCGGCAGCAGAAUACACAGCGCUUUUAUCUAGGUCACGAUGAUGACAUUCUUUGCCUUGCUAUUCAUCCCUUAAAGGACUACGUGGCAACAGGCCAGGUUGGUCGGGAUUCCUCAAUACACAUUUGGGAUACAGAGACAAUCAAACCACUGUCAGUAUUAAAGGGCUAUCACCAGUAUGGCGUUUGUGCUGUUGAUUUUUCAGCGGAUGGCAAACGCUUGGCUUCUGUUGGCAUAGAUGACAAUCAUAGUAUUGUGCUCUGGGACUGGAAAAAAGGAGAGAAGCUUUCAGCAGUAAGAGGAAGCAAAGAUAAGAUUUUUGUUGUUAAAAUUAAUCCUUAUAUGCCUGAUAAACUGAUAACAGCUGGAAUUAAACACAUGAAAUUCUGGCGUAGAGCAGGAGGAGGACUGAUUGGGAGAAAGGGCUGCAUAGGUGCAAUGGGAAGAACUGAUACAAUGAUGUGUGCAGUAUACGGCUGGACUGAAGAGAUGGCAUUUUCUGGAACUUCCACUGGGGACGUGUGUAUCUGGAGAGAUUUGUUUCUCAUAAAAACUAUCAAAGCACAUGAUGGUCCAGUAUUUAGCAUGCAUGCAUUAGAAAAAGGAUUUGUAACUGGUGGAAAGGAUGGGGUAGUGGCUCUCUGGGAUGACACCUUUGAACGCUGUCUCAAAACCUAUGCCAUCAAACGAGCUGCUUUGGCCCCUGGCUCUAAAGGUCUCCUCUUAGAAGACAACCCUUCUAUACGUGCCAUAUCGUUAGGACAUGGUCAUAUUUUAGUGGGCACAAAGAAUGGGGAAAUACUGGAAGUGGAUAAAAGUGGACCAAUAACUCUGCUGGUUCAGGGUCAUAUGGAAGGGGAAGUUUGGGGUCUAGCCACCCAUCCUCAUUUACCUAUUUGUGCCACUGUAAGUGAUGACAAAACCUUAAGAAUAUGGGAUCUAUCUCCUAGCCAUUGUAUGUUAGCUGUUCGCAAAUUGAAAAAGGGGGGCAGAUGUUGCUGCUUUUCUCCUGAUGGAAAAGCAUUGGCUGUAGGUCUCAAUGAUGGAAGUUUCUUGAUGGUGAAUGCAGAUACUCUGGAGGAUCUAGUCUCCUUCCACCACAGGAAGGAUGUUAUUUCAGAGAUUAGAUUUUCUCCUGGUUCUGGAAAAUACUUAGCGGUGGCAUCAUGUGACAGCUUUGUAGACAUCUACAAUGUAAUGAGCAGUAAGCGAGUAGGAAUCUGCAAGGGUGCCUCCAGUUACAUAACACACAUGGACUGGGACAUCAGAGGGAAGCUUUUACAAGUCAACACUGGUGCUAAAGAGCAGCUGUUCUUUGAAGCUCCUCGUGGGAAAAGACAGACAAUUCCCAGUUUGGAGGUUGAAAAGAUUGGCUGGGCAUCAUGGACAAGUGUUCUGGGCUCUUGCUGUGAAGGAAUCUGGCCAAUAAUUGGGGAAGUCACAGAUGUAACUGCUUCAUGCCUCACCAGUGAUAGUAAAGUCUUGGCCACAGGAGAUGAUUUUGGGUUUGUGAAACUUUUCCGAUUCCCUGCUAAAGGAAAGUUUGGAAAAUUUAAGAGGUAUGUGGCCCAUAGUACGCAUGUAACAAAUGUUCGUUGGACUCAUGAGGACAGUUUGUUGGUCACUGUCGGUGGGGCAGACACCUCUCUAAUGCUGUGGACCCAUGAAAUGGAGGGACAUCGAGAGAGCAGGCAGUGUGAUAGUGAAGAAUCUGAUCUAGAUUCUGAGGAAGAUGGAGGUUAUGACAGUGAUGUGACACGAGAGAAUGAAAUUAAUUACACCAUCAAAGCCUUAUCAACAAACAUCAGACCAAUGUUUGGAAUUAAGCCUCAUCUGCAACAAAAGGAGCCAUCACUAGAUGAACGGCAAGGGGUAGUAAGAGGUUCCAGGAUGGUAGCCAAGGUUACUACAACUAACAAAAUUGCUGUUCUCUAUUUCAGACCACCAGUUAGUAGGGCACUGCCACAGCCUGAAAAACUUCAGACAAAUAACGUUGGCAAAAAAAAGAGACCAAUAGAGGAUCUAGUAUUGGAGCUGGUAUUUGGGUACCGAGGCAAGGACUGCAGGAACAAUGUUCACUAUCUGAAUGAUGGUGCUGAUAUAAUUUAUCAUACUGCAUCUGUUGGGAUUCUGUAUAACGUGGCAACAGGAUCUCAGUCUUUUUACCAGGAACAUAAUGAUGAUAUUCUGUGCCUCACUGUAAAUCAGCACCCCAAGUUUACCAACCUUGUGGCAACUGGCCAAGUAGGAGACUCAGCAGAUAUGUCAGCUACAGCUCCUUCUAUCCACGUGUGGGAUGCAAUGAACAAACAGACACUAUCUGUACUGAGAUGCUACCAUUCAAAGGGAGUUUGUUCAGUCAGUUUCAGUGCCACUGGCAAACUUCUCCUCUCUGUAGGGCUGGAUCCUGAACACACCAUUACCAUUUGGAAGUGGCAGGAAGGUGCCAAAAUUGCCAGCAGAACUGGUCAUAACCAACGUAUAUUUGUAGCAGAAUUCAGACCGGAUUCAGAUACCCAGUUUGUUUCAGUGGGAGUAAAACAUGUGAGGUUCUGGACUCUUGCUGGAAGAGUUCUUCUCAGUAAAAAAGGGCUACUGAGUUCAAUAGAAGAUGCCCGGAUGCAGACCAUGCUAUCUGUAGCUUUUGGAGCUAAUAACUUGACAUUUACAGGUACCAUCAGUGGAGAUGUUUGUGUUUGGAAAGAUCAUGUAUUGGUACGAAUUGUGGCCAAAGCUCACAAUGGGCCUGUGUUCACAAUGUACACUACUCUCAGAGAUGGUCUAAUCGUAACAGGAGGCAAAGAAAGACCAUCAAAGGAAGGAGGGGCUGUUAAACUAUGGGAUCAGGAGCUGAAGCGAUGUCGUGCCUUCAGAUUGGAAACAGGACAGAUGACUGACUGUGUUCGUUCUGUGUGUAGAGGCAAAGGGAAAAUUCUUGUUGGGACAAGGAAUGCUGAAAUAAUUGAAGUUGGAGAGAAAAAUGCAGCAUGUAACAUUCUAAUUAAUGGUCAUAUGGAUGGACCUAUCUGGGGACUGGCUACACAUCCUUCAAGAGAUUUUUUCCUUUCUGCUGCAGAAGAUGGGACAGUGAGACUCUGGGACAUUGCUGAAAAGAAGAUGCUGAACAAAGUCAGUUUAGGACAUGCAGCUCGGACUAUUUCUUACAGCCCCGAGGGGGACAUGGUGGCUAUUGGCAUGAAAAAUGGAGAAUUUAUUAUCUUGCUGGUGACCUCUCUAAAAAUAUGGGGGAAAAAAAGGGACAGAAGAUCUGCUAUCCAAGACAUAAGGUUCAGUCCAGAUUCUCGUUACUUAGCAGUGGGUACUAGUGAGAAUGCAGUGGAUUUUUAUGACUUGACAUUGGGCCCCACGCUAAAUCGAGUUAGCUACUGCAAAGAUAUCCCAAGCUUUGUUAUCCAGAUGGACUUCUCUGCAGAUAGCCGUUUUCUCCAGGUCUCUACUGGGUGUUACAAAAGGCAGGUCUAUGAAGUGCCUUCGGGAAGACAGCUUAUGGACCAGGCAGUGAUUGACAGAAUAACAUGGGCCACUUGGACCAGUAUUCUAGGGGAUGAAGUAGUUGGAAUCUGGUCCAGGCAUGCUGAGAAAGCUGAUGUGAACUGUGCCUGUGUCUCUCACUCUGGAAUCAGCCUUGUAACAGGCGAUGACUUUGGCAUGGUCAAGCUGUUUGACUUUCCAUGUCCUGAAAAAUUUGCAAAACACAAGCGAUUUUUAGGUCACUCGGCCCAUUUGACUAAUAUUCGAUUUACAAGUGGGGAUAAAUACGUUGUCAGUGCUGGAGGGGAUGACUGUAGCUUAUUUAUCUGGAAAUGUGUGCAUAUGCUUCAUUAAGAGAGACAUGGAGCCUUUGCAAAGAGGAUACUGCGGAAAAUUACAGGCAUGAAAGACCCAUGAGCGCAAUGAGACAUUCUACAGUGCCCUGCAUGCUUAAGAAAUGGUGCUGAUCAAAGACAGACAACGAUCUGUCUCUGAAAGACAAGUGUCUAGAGUCUAUCAGAAGAAUAGACUAUAACAAAUAUGCUGCGCCCCCCUAGAUUUGCUACAGUAUUGGAUAACCCAUGUAUGGAUUCCAUUCACUGCCAGACAUUGAAAAAGAAACACAUGGAUAAAAGGAAGAAGUGAGUUGUGGAUCAAUGUACAGUUUUCCAAUCAGAUAGUGGGGUUUUAAUCAACAGAUGUUAUUUCUCACCUAAUGCUGUAUGUUGAUGCAUUUAUUAUCAGCACGGAUGUGUUUCCUUUAAAUUCUGGGGACUGAAUAUCAUUGAAACAGGUUACUCCUUUUUUUAUUACUGAAAGGAAAACAUCUAGCAGUUCUUAAAUAAAACUACACAGUAUUUUAAUAAAAGAUUAAAGUAGUAAAAUGGGAUAUGACAUUUCUAUGAAUAGUCAAAAAUGAAGCAUUGUCUGGUGAAGCAGUAAUAGUAAAGUUUGCUCCUUAGACCUGCAGUAUUCAUGUGCUUAGAGGCCUGGGUCAUAACCCUGUUUGGUGAAUGCUGUCAGGCUUGUAUGAACCCAUUUUUUAAGGCUAAUUUAGUGUUUUUGUUGCACUUAAACAUUAAAUUAGUUCCAUGAGCAGAAACAGAUUUGCUCACUUUGCGAGUGCCUUGCCCACAACCUAAAAGUCUAACUCCAGUUUUUGCCUUGCGAUAAAAGUGUUCUCAGUGGAACAGAGAUUACUGUUGUGUAAGUUGACUAAGCUGCUAGUCUCUUUGCUGGAAAUAUGAAAUAAGAUAAUUUUAGUCUCUGUAAAGACUGGGGUCAUCACCAGUUGCAAAAAUAGAAUUUCACAGCAAUAGGAAUUGUUGAUUUUAUUUUCUCAGUAUCACGUGGAGGAUGCAGAGAGAACAUAAUCUUUCCAAACACUGGUAUUUUGUACAGUCACAUUUUUUAACAGGAAUAAAACUAGUUGGAAGAGAUCUUUGUUCAGCUCUCUCUCCUGAUUGUAAUGUAACAUCCAAUCAUAACUCUUCUUUAAGUAAGCAUGCAUAUUAAGAAUAUGGGCCUGCCUGUAACCCUUAGUAUAAGAACAUACUUUAAAUGGCAAAAUAACACAGACUCAAGCAUUUUAGUGAUGAUAAACUCCAGGAGAAAGUUGCAUUUUUGGUAAAACUGGGGAAGACUGCUUCAGUUGUUUGUUUGAAAUGAUCAUGCAGUGGAGGUGUGCUGUGGGCUAUAUCUGUUUUUUAAGCCGUGCAGUUAUUUUUCAUGCAACAUGAAAGGGAGCAAAAGUAACUAGCUCACAGGUUGCAUUAACAAAGUGCUAUUAAAUGUGAGUAGUGUUGCUGUGGUCACAGUUGUUAUUGUCUACUUAAGUCAGCAUUUGUUAAGGACAAAUGGCAUUUGAUUCCAAGUUGAGAUAGCAUAGCUGUUGUUAUUCACCUCUUAUCAUUUUACUCCAAGUAAAUGUAAAAAAGAAACAAAUAAACCUUAGCACCCACUGUAGAUAUCUUGUGUGUGUGGUGGGGAGAAAGGGAGAGAUUGCAUAGAGUAGAUGAGAAAGUACAAAGAGAUUCAGCCAGACCACUGUACUCUUCCAUGUCCAACAAUGCUUGCUGUUAUGUAAUAUAGGCCCUACCAGUUUCACAGCCCUGAAAAACAUGUCCCCAACUGUGAAAUCAGCCCUCUCCUGGAAAUCUGAUCUCCUCUGCUGCAGGGAGCCUAGGGCUCCAAGUUGCUAGUCCGACCACACUGGGGAGGGACAGGAGUUUUCCUUCCCCUGCACUGCCACUCUUGGUGGAGAUAUCAGUCCCACCUCCAGAGGCAGUGCAGAAAUGAGGGUGGUAUAUCCUCUCUUCUGCGCUGCAGCAGCCCAGAAGCUAAGAUCUGGGCUUCCAUUCCUCCACUCCCCACCCCCCAGGGCUCCUGCCACAGCAUUAGGCAGUGAACUCGGGGCUUCCUCCCACAGUGGAGCUUGCUGGGCUGUGGGCUUUUGCUCCCGGUGGGUGCAACUGGGGCAGCCUGGGCUCUGGGUUUCUGCCCCUUCAGUCCCUACCCGCCCAGCUCCUGCCAUGGCUCUGGGCGCCUGGGGGCUUCCACUCCACAGUUGCACCCAGGACUCAGGGCAGCCUGGGUCAAGGGCUUCCUCUGCUGCUCCCGUCAGGGCAGUGCAGGCUCGGGGUUUCACCACCACCAGUCACUCCAGCCGGAGCAGCCUGGGCACCUGACACCGUGGCCUCUGCCAUGGCUCCAGGUGCCGAGCUCAGGGUUUCCUCCUGGGGCUCAGGGCUUGUGCUCCUGCCAGCUGCAGUCAGGGCGGCCUGGGCUCAGAGCUUCCGCCGCCCUGCUACUCCAGCUGGGGCUCCGAGCAGUCCAGACUUGGGGCUGCCUGGGCUCAAGGCUUCAGCCCCGCAGCUGCAGCCGGGGCUCAGGGCUUCUUCCCCUGCGGAUUCUACCAGGGCUCAGGGUGACCUGCUAGGGGCUUCUGCCCUGAAGCUUCUUCUGGGUCUGGAGCAUCCAUUUUUCCUGGGGGACCUCAGAUUGGCGAGGGAGCUCUGCCUUCAUCUGUCCCUGGCAUGAACUAGCAGCUAGGAGCCCCCAGGUGGGGUGUACCCAGAAGCACUGGGGGGUGGGGGGAGGGCAAUCCUGCCCACCUUCACCUCCAGGAACCUCCUCUAACUGCAGGAAGCUGAGAGGGUGCUAAUUUUGGGACCCCCUAAACAACUUUGCAAGCACCCCCCCCCAUUCCAUUUUGGAUGUGAACCCUCACAGUUAAAACAUUCUGAAAUUUCAGAUGUAAACUGACCAAUUUUAAAACCCUCUGGCUGUGAAACUGUCCAGACUGGACCAUGAAUUUGAUAGGGCCCUAGUAAUAUUCAACACUAUUGACCCAACAAAUAAUCUUAUACAGUGUGUUUCCUAUAUCUAACUAGAGCGUCUUUCACAACAGAAAAAUGUAUUGAUCUAAUAUCAAGUGUCUCAGCCAGGCAAGAUUUGGAACAGAUGAUUUGUUGCCAUUACCACUACAGUACAAUAGUUUCACUAACCACACAGCUGCUGUUCUAAAGUAUAAGAUACUAGGAUUAGGGUCUGUGCUAGGGUACACCAUUGACUCAGAUGAAUUGCACCUGACUGACAGAUGUGAGAUCAGAAUCAUGCUGCAGCUUUACUCUUACUGCCCAUUAUUAUUAUUUAAAAAUUAAUAGUUAGCAUUUAUCUAUGCUAGAGAAAUCAAUUGUUAGUGUAGUAAUUUGUUGUUUUGCACCCUGUGUUCCACCACUGAUUCAGUGCAGCUAUACUACACAUCUGAACAUAGUGUAAGAUUUGCCCUUGUAUCCAUGCUAAGGCUGCCUUACAGCAGUUCAGGUGGGAUGACUGUCAAAAGCUCUUUUAGCUAAUGACCCUCUUUAAAUUGCCAGCUGAAAUUCAUCUUUCUGCAUCUCCCCAUCUACCACAAAUCCUAUGCCCACUAUCCCCCAGUAAAUCUUCAGCCUGUGACUUGCACCCACCCCCUACUUUCCCAGAGUAUCCUCUUCUCACACUAACCAUUCCCCAACCACCAUCUUCAGUAGUGCCCAUGCUAUGGCUGUGCCACUCCACUGCUAAUUUGCCAGCUGAUACUUUUUCACUGAGGAACCACAGAGGUACAUCAGAGCACAAAUACCAGCACACAAUGCACCACAAAUCACCACUGGGGCUGUAGCAGGAGGUGCACAGCUGCUAUCUACACUCCUUCUACCCCCAAACUCCCGAGGCAUCUGUUCCCCCAUUUCUGCCCCUGUUUGGAGCUGGGGAAAAUAGUGUCUUAGCUGCAGAUCUGUGGGGGCAGAGUUCAUGUUCCACAAGCAAACUAAGGAGGUUCAUUGCUGAAGAGAGAUUUUGUCUUUGACAGCAGUAGGAACUGACAGCUCGUAUCAGUGGGAUGCGUUUACACUGACACACAAGUCAAUAAUGCCUCAAUUAGGUUUUACACUCACUAAUGUUAGUGGUGUAAUUUC